UUACGAAGGCGGCAUCGCCAUGAGUACCCCCACAUUCGACGAUGUGUUCCGGCAAAUCAGGAUCAACUUGUCAGUCAUGGGCAUCCAGGAAGAUAAAUCAAGGAUUGGGGUGACGUUUUACAUCUUUUACGUCAUGCUCUUUACAAUGGUCUCAUCAGAAGUUGUGUUCUUUAUCGUUAAUAUGGCACCGGAAAAUUUCCUCGAAUUGACUGGCCUAGCUCCGUGCAUCUGUGUCGGUAUCUUAUCACUUUUGAAAAUAGCUGCUUUAGCAUGGAAGAAAGAAACAGUUUUCUCUUUGGCUGACAAACUGGAAAGGCUUAGUACAGAAAACUUGAACGACCCUGUUAAGACGGACAUUGUGAGUCCUGACAUAAAUCUGUUGAAAACUCUCAUCAAUUACUACUUCGUCCUAAACGCCGUGCUGAUUUGCGUGUAUAACUUUUCAACACCAUUCUAUAUUUUGUAUCAUUACCUUAAGAAUUAUGAAGAGAUUUUUAUCUUGCCGUACGCCGUCAUUAUGCCAUUUUCUACCGAAACGUGGCCGGCGUGGACAUUUGUUUAUUUAUUUUCAGUAAUAUGUGGUUUCAUCUGUGUAUUAUUUUUCACUGCCGUGGAUGCGCUGUACUUUACUUUGACGUCUUAUGUGUGCACAAUCUUCGCCGUCCUAAGCAACGAAAUAAUAUGUCUAAACCAACCUACAGGUGAUAUGUUAGACCAGAUAAUAAAAAAACAUCAAAAUGUUCUUGAAUUAGCGGAAGAUUUGGAGGAUAUCUUUACUUUACCUAAUUUUUUCAACGUACUGGUGGGAUCGGUAGAAAUAUGCGCUCUUGGGUUCAACUUAAUGAUAGGUGAUUGGAACAAUGUCCCUGGCUGUAUGCUCUUCAUUGUAUCAGUUCUCUUUCAACUAUUUAUGAUGAGCGUAUUCGGGGAAAAAAUAAUUGGAGCGAGCAUUAAAGUUGGCGAGUCGGCGUUUUUAUGCAACUGGUAUAAGAUGAAUCAGAAAACGCAGAAAGUUCUGCUGAUGCUAAUGAUCAGGACUCGUAAACCUACACGCCUGACUGCGUUUAAAUAUUCUGUCAUUUGCUAUGAAGGAUUUACUAAAAUAAUCAGUAACUCCUGGUCAUACUUCACAAUUCUACGAACAGUGUAUUCACCAGAAGAGCAAUAGAAACACGUUUAGAUUCAUGUUAACAACUACCAAAUAUUAAAGAAUGUA